AUGGCCGGUUUGGAUGCAAAUAUGAGCAAAUUAAAUCUUAAAAAUGAUAUAACAGAGACUAGUAAUCUAUACAAUCAUCCUGAAGAAGAUGAUACUGAAAAUAUUUAUGAAAAAGGUCAGUCUGAGGUGUAUUUGGGUUUUGUUGACACCUCAAUCAAAGAAACUGAUGAAGUUACGAUAGAAGACACAUUUAUAGGGGGAGAAGAAAUUUGGUUACAUCCAGAAUCUAAGCCAGAUGAAUCAUUAUUGAAAUGUGGUAAUUGUUCCAAAAAAAUGAAAUUGUUAUUACAGGCAUUUACUCCAUUAGAUACAGAACAAGUUGAUGAAGCUAGUAGAAAAAACAAGAUUCAAGUAACCACUAAAAAAUUUAUUAAUGGUGACGAUGACAGAGUUUUGUAUGUUUUUAUCUGUACUGAUUGUCCCAGACAUCCAAAAUCCGUACGUUGCAUCAGAGGUGUCAAAAAAAGAGGCAAAACAUUUCAUGCCACAUUAAAUGAAAAAUUAAAGACAUCGAAUGAAGAGGAGGGUACCAAAAUUGAUAUAAAUCCAUUUGACUUCAAUAAACUCAACAUUGCAAACAAUACUAAUAAUGGUAACAGCUUUAACAGUAAUAAUCCUUUCGAAUCUAAUCCAUUUUCCUCUUCUAUUAUAGGCCAACAAAAACCAGAUAGUAAGAAAGAGCCUAAUGCCCCCUCCGCCAAAACCUUGCGUAAAUUGCAUGAUGCUGAAAAGGAUAAAAACUUCUCUGAGGGAUUGUUCCCGGGAUAUUUUCUGUAUGUCGAACGAGAAUCAUUCAAAAACAAAAUACCAGAUCAUUUGAGGAUUCCAGACAAUGUUAGAAUAAGUAAAGAUGCGAUUGGUGAAAUUGAAACCGAUGAUGAGACAAGUUUGUUGAAAGAUAUUAAAGCUUUAAAGUCUGAUCCAAGAACCGAAAAAUUAAGCAAAUUUUUAGAUGACGAUGUAUUCCAAAAAUUCCAAGAAAUUGUUGGCUAUAACUCGCUACAAGUUUUGCGCUACGAUUUUGGUGGUAAACCUUUGUAUUAUACAGACACCAAAAAGGUUGAUUUAUUAAAAAUUGUUCCGAAACCAGCCUUCAAUCCAUCAAGUCAACGAGUUUUUGAAAUGCAACUUAUGCCUAAAAUGAUUAUUGAUUUAGAAAAUGAAGCAUCCUUUAAAGAUGGCAUGGAAUGGGGCACCAUACUAAUUUUUACGGAUAUUGAAAAUUACAUUCCCACAUUUGAUAAAAAUGCCGUAGGUUACGUUGAAGAGUAUGUUAAAGUCCAAUGGGAGCCUAGGGAAUAA